AUGUCUUUUUGGACCUCUACUACCGGCGGUACAAUUGCUUCUCCAACGACGUCACUGGCUUCUGAUAUAUCAUCGCAUAGUAUCCUGCUGCCACGCCCUCAUUUCUACUCAACUAGCCAUUCUUCACGCCUUCCUACCUUAAGUAUCUGUGUUGUCAUCCGACGUAAGCUGAAUCUUUGGCUUUGGGAUCCAGUUGAUAGAAAAUUCGUCAAACCCAACUCCUAUUCGCAACAUUCACCACCCGAUUCUAACGUCCAUGGCUCUAUUAUGUCUCCCUCUUGUAUAGCAGCAGAGUCGUGUUGGCUUACAGAGAUUCAAUUGCCUGAUACGCCUAAGGCUAUCACAUUUCAUGGACCAAAUCAUCUUCUUAUCAGCUUUCGUUCGGAAUACUUCCGAGUUUCUCUAAUUACUGGGGAGGUGAGUUAA